AUGUCGUCACACCAGCCCACGGGUGUCUUUCAGACUCUCGAGAUCGUCUCAAAUGAGCACAUCAUCAUACGAGACAAGCUAUAUGGCGAGCACAACAUCACAGAGCCUGUGCUUAUACAUCUCCUUCAAAGCCCCGAGCUGUCGCGUCUCAAAGGCAUUUGUCAACAUGGAGUGAUGACAUUUCUCGGCUAUGGUCCCAAGGUUACCCGCUUUGAACACUCAGUCGGUGCAUUACUACUCGUUCGCAAGGUUGGAGCCAGCGUCGAAGAGCAGGUUGCUGCUCUUCUGCAUGAUAUCAGUCACACCAGCCUCAGCCACGUCGUCGAUGACGCGCUAGCCAAACCUGGAGAAGGCAGCUAUCAUGAAGUCCAUAAGUCUCGGUACUUGGAAAAUACCCAGCUGCCUCAGAUGCUCAUUCAACAUGGACUCGAAGACUUGAAGGCGCUCGAGGAGGAACUGUUUCCUCUCGUCGAAAGACCAGCGCCCCAACUUUGUGCCGAUCGACUCGACUAUGCACUCCGCGACGCACUAGCUUUCGAAAAGUUGGGCCUUGAAGAAGUUCAAAGUGUCUUUAGGUCCCUUAAAGCCUUUCCCUCUGCUUCGUCUCCUGAGCGUCUCCUUGUUCUCGAGGAUGCACAACUUGCGCUGGUCUUGUCCCGAGCAUACAUAGCAACAGAUCGAGAUGUCUGGUCGCACAGAUCACAGGCAGAUCUCUCGAAAAGAACUGGGCAGGUAAUCGGUGACUUGGUCAAUUCCGGGCGAGUGAAAGAAGAGGCCCUCUGGAAUUCAUCUGAUGAGGAAUUUUGGGCGCUGCUUCGCCGGCAGGCAACUCCGGAAAUUCUACAUGAAAUGAACCGACUCGAGACUGAGGGUCUUCCGGAUGAGAAUAAGCUGCUUCUCCCCUAUGGUACGAAGAUUCGCACUAUAGAUCCGGAUAUUUGGCAGGCUACGCAGGAAGGAGUCCGACCUUUGUCGACAGUUCUCCCUGAAUGGGGUAUUGAGCGCCAGCAGUAUAUUCUCAGUCGGGAUCUGACGCGAGAGAAGUACCCAAAUUAG